CUGUAAAGUUGGAGCUUUAGGACCCAGGAAGAGAGCGCCAGUUCCCUCCCUGUUGCUGAGAGCGGGGGCGUGUGCGCUGGGAACUGCACUUUCCUCCUGUGUCCUUGCGCCUAGUUCCGUGUCGGGCUCCUCACUAACUACUCACAGUCGCACAUCUCGGGGAGUCAGGGGCGAGUGGGUCACGUGGAUAGAAUGUUACACAAGUGAACGUGGGAAGGAGUAUCUACAAUGUUUCUAAAGGGCCAUUGACAUUGGAUAUGCUUGCUUGGCUAGUGGGAUGAUGAAUUGAAGGGAGCAAAGUAAACAUUUAAUCUCGCACCCAUGGCCCAGAUGAAAUCCAGUGGAUCCCAUUAUGCGCUCACUGCCAUCGGAGCGGGAAUGCUUGUCCUGGGAGUGGUCAUGGCAGUGUGGAACUUGGUACCAGUAUCCUCCACAGGAAACAGCAGUAAGCCAGAAGUCCCUACAGAGACAAACUUAAAAAGCAAGUCUUUUACAGUGGCCUAUGUUCUGGUCGGGUCGGGCAUUGCAUUUCUAUUAAUAGCCAUCUGUCUAAGUAUUCGAAGUAGAAGAAAAAGGAGGCAAAGUAUGGAGGACACUAGAAUCCCUCAUGAAGAACCUAAUGUUGCACAAGCGAACAGUGAAAGUUCAGAACUGGACAUUGCCAGGUAUUCUGCACCCAGCUAUGAUGAAGUGAUGAGGAUUGGAUAUGAAACGUCAAACACAAGGGCACCAGAAGAUCAUGACGGAAUCCCCAUGUCUCUUCCUUCUUACGAGUCUUUAACAGAACUUGAUGAAUCCGCACCAACCAGGCCGAUAGCUGAGCCACCGCAAAGGACAAAUUCCCGUUCAGGGAAAGAAAAGAAACCUUUGAAUGUCAGGAGAAUUAAAUCGGACAAGCUGCACCUUAAAGAAUUCAGAUUAAACCUGUCAGGCCAGACGAGCAAGACCACCACCACAAUUGAACCUUUGACUCCACCACCGCAAUAUGAGGAGAAGCCUUUAGAUCUGACCAAGCCUGUAUAGAGAGGGAAUAUCUAUUCCUGUCUCUGUCUCUAUUGGACUCAAUGAUAUGAUAUCUGGACCGUUUACUCAUUUCUACGAAAUAUGUAAAUACGCUGUCAAAUCAGAACAGCUUGGGUGCAGCCAAGGUUUCCCAAGAUUAUUGACACAAUGUGGCAUAGACCUAGGGCUGCCCGUUGUUUGUGAGACUUAAACACAGUGGGAUGUUAGUGGUACACAGUGAGGUGUAUAAGGCAGUGGAGCCCUCUACAGCCGUUACUAAACUACAGCUGCCGGCAUCUACAAUGGCUUGGGUUGUAGGUUGAAUCAAGGGAUUGUUUAGCUUAAUUUUGAGACCACAGGUUAGACCUGGAUCAAUGUUUAUGUCCUCUUUUUGCAGCUCUGGUAAAUAUUUAUAUUACUGCUGCCUGUGCAAUCGAAUAGUCUUCCCCUUAAUAAGGUUUUUGCUCUGUGGGUCCCAGGGCAGCACCCAGUUUCUGCCUUCCUCCACCAUGUUUUUACUCUGUGUUUUACUGUGUUUUGCAUUGCGCUGCAUGUGGGAUCAGUCUCACAAAAGCUCUGGAGCACAGCGUAGAGCUAACUGGGUCCAUAACAAAAGUCCCAACACCCUAAUAUCUCUUCCCUGGGAGCAAAGGAUUAGGACUUUAUGAAUUAAACAAUAAUUUAUAGUUUAUUUCCCUUCUAUUUUUGCAAUUUAUUUCCCCACGUUUGGAAAUUGCAAUAUUUUUUUCAAUAGAGUAUUUUCUCCAAAAGUCCUUCUUUCUCAGCACUAUGCACACUGCUCCAAAACAAUGAUAAAUAAAUCUAUCUAGAUGUUGCCAGCUUUAACUUUUAAUAGUAGUGUUUUUUUUUUUUAAUUAAGCCAAAUCUAUUCAGUUCUCCACUAAAGGGUGCUGCUGCCUUUUAUCUACCCGUAUGAUUAAAAUAAUACAAAAAGAAGGGGGGGAAAGUUGGGUAACACUACAAAUAUCUAUUUUUGAUACAUGGUUAUUCGGUCUGUCUAGUGUUUGUAUAUAAAUUGAAAUCUGUCUUUGAAACAGAAAUAUUUUGUUUGUUUUAAUACUUUGUAAACAGACAUUUGUCAUAUUAAUUGGACACUAUCAUCAAAAUAAACCGUUUUAUUUGUGUUAAACAAUGUGUUAGAAUUAACGAGAUGUCUUAACUCUGAUUACAAUGUCCAGUAAAGAGACGGUAAAACAUGAGAUUUCCGAUCUGAUUACAAUGUCCAGUAAAGAGACGGUAAAACAUGAGAUUUCCGAAGUGAGAUGGAGAUUGUACUUACUGCAAUUCAGAAACUCGGUGAAAUCCUUGCAUGCCUCCCUGGGGUCCCGUCACAAUAAGAUGUUGUUUAUGUAGCGGAGCCACAGGAGGACAAGCGACAAAGGGUGUGUGUAGAAGUCUCCAAAUACUACCUUACCCAAAAAAAUGAUAGAAUAGAUUUUUUUUUUAAUUUUUUUUAGAUUUCAUGAUAUUGGCAGUUUUUGCACUGCUAUCACAAAUGUGUAACCAGAGCACACUGAAUGAUCUGUCUGAGCAAAACAGCAAAAGCUUCGAGCCGUCCUCCACCCCAAUAAUUGUUCAGUGUGGAGCAGUGUCUGUUAAUUCAUUGCUUUUCUCUGGCUCUGACACUUAAAGGGAUUGCUCACCUUCUAAACACUAUUACUUUCUAAUAGUUCAUAUAAAAUGUCAUAAAAUAAUAGUUCAAAUAAA